AACACGGGAAGUGGAAGAGAGGAAAGGGGGGAACCUCGUGACGGAGAAGAGAAGAAGUGGGAGCGAUCUGGGUCGAGACGGAGUGAGUGCCCGACAGAGACAGAGAGAGAAGAAGGGAGAGGAUUCACGGACUGAGCACCACACAAUCGCUCAUCCCAUCAGGAUGGCCACAACCACCCAUCUCCCGAGCUCCUCUUUCUCCCCGACACUGCAGUUCAACACGACCACUGUCUGGAACUACGUCGCCUGGAACACCUCCCAAACCAUCGUGACCCGGCUCUCCAAAAGCACAGACAAGACGCCGGAAACCUCCACCAGCACUGCCACCUUAAUAUACGCGGCCAUAACCAUCUUGACCAUCGUCUUCGUCCUGGGCAGCAUCGGCAACUUCUUGGUCAUCUGGAUCCUGGGCUUCAAGAUGAAGCGCACGGUGGUGACCCUCUUCUUCUUGCACCUGUCCAUCGCCGACUUCAUCUUGGUCCUGCAGAUCCCCCUGGUCAUUGUCACCGUCUACAUGGAAGCGCAGUGGGUGCUUGGGGCGGUCGCGUGCAAACUCGUGUGGUUCACCCUUGCCGUGAACAAGAACGCCAGCGUCUACUUCCUGACGCUCAUCAGCGUCGACCGCUACGCCGCUCUGCUGCACCCCGUGUCCUCGCUGCCCCUGCGUCAUCUGCGCGUGGCCCGGCGGCUCUGCCUGGCCGUGUGGCUCCUCGCCCUGCUGCUGAGUCUGCCGCCUCUCAUCUUCUCCAACCUGGACGCGUCGGACGAAGGCCUCGUCUACUGCUGCAGCGGUUACAGCGACGAUGUCCACGAGCACACGCGGCACAUGCUGACCGCCAUCGGGAUUUCCUUCGUGGCGAGCUUCGCCGUUCCGUACGCCGUCAUGAUCUUCUGCUACUGUCGCAUCGGGGCGAGGCUGCGGCGCGUAGACAAGACGCGUCGCGGCAACUCGCUCAGAAUCAUCGUGGUCGUGGUGGUGGCGUUCUCCGUCUGCUGGGCGCCGUACCACGCCAUCGGACUGAUGGAGGCCGCCUCCUACGUUCAGGACGACGAGAGCUUGUUGACGGCGGCAGAAUGGGCAGACCCCGUGAUCUGGGGAUUCGCGUUCAUCAACAGCUGCAUCAACCCGAUCCUCUACGUGUUCAGCGGCUCGGAUCUCAAAGCCCGUUUCAGGCGCUCGCUCGUCGCCGCCAUCGAGAACGCGUUCAGAGACCACGAGCCGUUGGAUUCGGGGCAGGACAGCAGGAGCGGACACACGGCGCAGUCGCGGGACCUCGUCGACAUCGCCAUGGUCAGCACCGACGUGAUCAGCACCAACAUCAGCAGUGACUCCAAUGGUAAUGCGGAGGGCGGCCGCGUUGACGGGACGCGGGUUGCCUUGGUGCAGGAGGAACGGGUUUAGGGGUGGCCACCUUGAGGGAUCUGCGCCACGAGAAUUCCAUUUGUUUUCAUAUCAAAUCGACACCCCUGGGUGUUGUUUGUUUGACAAGCUCGCUUCUACUGAAUGAUAUGAAGGAUUGCUGCUGCAAUUAGUGGUGAUGAUGAUUGAUGAUGAUGGUAGUGAUGAUGAUGAUUACGGUGGUCAUGGUGAUAGUGACGUUGAUAAAAAUGACGAUGGUCGUGAUAAUGAUGAUGACGGUGGUAGUGGUGAUAGUGACAAUGAUGAUGACACACACCAUGAUUGAGGAUUAUUGAGGUGGUGGUGGCGGCCAUGAUGGUGGUGAUGAUAAAAACAAUGUUACGGUUUAGGGUUAUGAUUUGAGGUAUCGAGAGACUCUUCUACUUAUCAACAUUUGACUUACGAAUUUUCAGAGAUAUGAACAAACCUGGUCCAAAUGUCCAGUUGCCUGUGAGGACCGAGAGUCGUAAGUUCAACUGCCGUGCAAUAGAUGGCGGUGGUGGCAUCUACAUCUGCAGAACGUGAAGAACCAGUGGCAUCUACAUCUGCAGAACGUGAAAAACCAGUGGCAUCUACAUCUGCAGAACGUGAAGAACCAGUGGCAUCUACAUCUGUAGAAAAUUAAGAACCAGUGGCAUCUACAUCUGCAGAACGUGAAGAACCAGUGGCAUCUACAUCUGUAGAAUGUGAAGAACCAGUGGCAUCUACAUCUGUAGAACGUGAAGAACCAGUGGCAUCUGCAGAACGUGAAGAACCAGUGGCAUCUACAUCUGCAUAACAUGAAGAACCAGUAGCAUCUGCAGAACAUGAAGAACCAGUGGCAUCUACACCUGCAGAUGUUGAAGAACCAGCGGCAUCGACAUCUACAGAAAAUGAAGAACCAGUGGCAUCUACUUAGUGGAAUCUGCCUCUGCAGAACUUGCAGAAUCAGCGGCAUCUAAAUAUGCAGAAAAUGAAGAACCAGUGGCAUCUACAUCUGCAGAACAUGAAGAACCAGCGGCAUCUACAUUUGCAGAACGUGAAAAGACAGCGGCAUCUACAUCUAUAGAACGUGAAGAAACCAGUGGUAUCUAAAUACUGUAUGUAGAACAUGAAGAACCAGUGACAUUUAGAUCUGCAAGAACGUGAAGAAGCAGUGGCAUCUAAAUCUGCAGAACAUGAAGAACCAGCGACAUCUACAUCUGCAGAACAUGAAGAGCAAGCGGCAUCUACAUCUGUAGAACGUGAAGAAGCAGUGGCAUCUAAAUCUGCAGAACAUAAAGAACCAGCGACAUCUACAUCUGCAGAACAUGAAGAGCCAGCGUCAUCUACAUCUGUAGAACGUGAAGAACCAGUGGCAUCUACAUCUGCAGAACAUGAAGAAUCAGCGGCAUCUACAUCUGCAGAACGUGAAGAACCAGCGGCAUCAACACCUGCAGAACGUGAACAACCAGUGACAUCUACAUCGACAGAACAUGAAUAACCAGCGGCAUCUACAUCUGCAGAACGUGAAGAACCAGUGACAUCUACAUCUGCAGAACAUGAAUAACCAGCGGCAUUUACAUAUGCAGAACAUGAAGAACCAGUGGCAUCUACAGCUACAGAACGUGAAGAACCAGUGGCAUCUACUUCUGCAGAAUAUGAAGAACCAGCUGCAUCUACAUCUGCAGAACGCAAAGAACCAGUGGCAUCUACAUCUGCAGAACGUGAAGAACCAAUGGCAUCUACAUCUACAGGAGAAUAUACAACUUUUAAAGCCGUGUUUCGUGUGCACGCCGUACAACAUGUUUGGAAUCGACAGGAGUAAAGUUUUUCUCGUGACAAAUCAACUCAUACGAACAGUACCUCUGGGACUUAACCCGUUCGUAAGUAGAGGAGUCCCUGUAAUACGCCGGUUUACAUGGACACGUUGCGGUGGUUGGAUACGUUGGACCAAUGUUGCAGCAAUGUUCCACCGAAGUUGCAACAACAUUGGAGCAACGUUGGACCACUUUUCAUGUUUACUGGAGAGAACAGGGUCAACUUUAGGGUUAUAAUCGGUAUCAUGGCCAAAGGGAGAAGCGGAGACCAGGCCUGGGUGCCGUGAAGACCCGGGAGAUGCGAGCAGAAAGGAUGUUAGCCAACGUGGUUAGCCAACGUGGUUAACCAACGUCCUUAGCCAACGUUGUUCCACCUCAGGGGGGCGUUGUUGUCACAUAGGAAAAA